CCUGUUUUGAAUAACUACGCUUGGAGGAAUUGAAAUAUAAAAUGGAUGAAGUAUUUGUUGUUAAUGAUAAUACCGUUGACAACGAAGUUAAAAAAUGUCAUAAUUCUGUUAAAUUUUCUAUAGAUUCCUUAUUAUCAACUAACGGGACUAAUUCGGAAAAUCAAAAUGAACGUACUGAAAAAAGUGAUUGUUGUGGUGAUGUGACUGUGAGUAAAGAUUACUUCGAAGUUGAGGACAGUACUUCUGGUGAUUGUGCAGGUGGUACUGUGAAACAGGGUCCGUUUGAAAGAUUCAAACGGGACAACGAAAGUGUGGUGUCUACUACUGGAGAAUUAUACCAAAGAAAUUAUACCGAAGAUGGCCCAUAUUCAGACUGCAAGUCAGACGACGAAAGAAAAAAAAGACCGAGAACAGCAUUUACUGCUGCUCAAAUCAAAUCUUUAGAAGCAGAAUUUGAAAGAAACAAGUACCUGUCAGUAGCCAAGCGAUGUCAGUUGUCAAAAACACUUAAAUUGACGGAAACACAAAUUAAAAUAUGGUUUCAAAACAGAAGAACAAAAUGGAAAAGAAAAUAUACGAACGACAUAGAGAUAUUAGCACAGCAGUAUUACAAUUCAAUGGGAAUUAUGACACCUCGACCCAUUUUUCUAGGAGACCGACUAUGGUUUUUUAAUUAUCCCGGACAACCAGGAAUGUCGAGUGCUCAUCCAGCUGUACCUACAAAUAUGCUUCCACUACACCCUGGUGCAACCAUGCCUCCUCAGAUGCCGCUACAUCCUCAAAGGCAUUGCGUGCGAAAUUAUGUAGAAUUCCCCCCUCAAGAACAACCACCUGAAGUACCUCCUAUGCUGCAGCUACAAAAUUUUGGAAGACAAUUUGAUAACUCUUAGUUUAAGGUUUUUUCUUGUAAAUAUGAAAUUUUAUUUUGUAUGCAGUUGAUAAGUAUUUUUUUCAAUUGUAUAGAAG